AUGGGGAGCAGAAAAGAACUGUCAAAAGACCUGCGUAACAAGGUAAUAGAUCUUUAUAAAGAUAAAAAAAGGACAUAAAAAGAUGUCCAAAGCCUUGAAUAUGCCAAUCAUUGCUGUUACAUCACCUAUUAAGAAGUGGAAAGUUCGGGGAUCUUUUGAAACCAAGCCAAGGUCAGGUAGACCAAGAAAGAUUGCAGCCACUACUGCCAGAAGAAUUGUCCGGGAUUCAAUGAAACCCCCCCCCCUACAGGACCUCAAAAGAAAUCCAGGCUGCUCUGGAAAAAGAUGUUGUGGUUGUUAAGGAGUACAAUACGGUGAUACUUGAACAAAAAUGA